GUAUUAAAAUCUGUUACCAAAUUUUAAAUACAAGGUGGUUCAUUACUUAACCAUAAUUGGCAUUUUGGUGUCUGUUAUCUAUAUCACGUAAUUAAUGUGGUUUCUCUUUAAUUCUCAUGGGUGAAGCUAACAAACCUCCUCCAAAACCUUGGGAGCGCGCUGGUGUUCCUUCUGGUUCGUCACCUUUCAAACCCCCAUCAACUGGCAGCACAAAUGAUGUAGUUGAGGCUUCAGGAACUGCAAAACCUGCUGAAACUGUUGCAAGUUUAGGCAGGAAUGCCAUGGUCAAUAAUAGAACUUCGGUCAGAAGGCCGAUUCCUGUAAGACCUUGGGAGUACAACUAUGAUGCCAGAAAUUAUGGAGGACUGUAUGGUUCAUAUGGUGGACUUGGGGAAACAACUUAUAAUGGCUUGUAUCAAGGAGGAGGCUUUGGUGGGAUUUAUGGGCCUGGGAUGUACGGUGGUGGAAUGUAUAAUGGCGGUUUUGGAGGCCCAGUCGGUGGUUAUCGAAUGGGCAUGGAUGGUCCUUAUAGAGCUCAUGAUCCUAGUGAUCCUCAUGGUGCACCUUCAUCUCCACCAGGAUUUUGGAUUUCACUUCUUCAAAUGAUGCAGAGAGUAGUUAACUGUUUUGGACACAUAUCAAUUCUUAUAGACCAGCAUACUCAAGCCCUUCACACGUUCAUGUCUGCUCUUCUUCAGUUGUUUGAUCUCUCUGGUAUGUUGUAUGGGGAGCUGGCGAGAUUUGUAUUUAGGUUGCUGGGCUUCAGAAAAAAGCGGCAAAAGGUUGACCCACCUGGUCCUACAGGACUCUCCCCGCCGGCACCGGAAAAUCAGCAUCAAAGUGAGGGAACAAAGACAUCUCCAAGUAGGACUUGGGACAUUGUUUGGGAAAAUGAUGCCAAGAAAUGAAGCAAAGACAGUUACUCGAGCUUGUAAAAAUGAAAUUUUCUCAUUGUUGAGAUUAAAAGAAACUCUUGUAAGUUUGUAAUACACAUCAAAUUGCUUAUUAUUAUUAUCAUCUUGGAUGCCAAAUUCAUUUAA